AUGAACCCCGCCACCGCCGACCCCGAAAAGGCGCGCCCGCCGUCCGAGCUCUCGGACGAGGACAAGUCCAAGGCCCAGAUGGAGGAAUACGAGCAGGGCAUGGGCGUGACCAAGAUCGAAGCGCUCCUCCUAACACCCCCAGACUACGUCUUCGGCCGCGGGUGGAAACUGGUUCUCCUGUGGUUCAGCAUCGGGCUGAUCGCGUACGUGUACGCGCUGAGCCAGAGCACGACGUCGACGUACCAGGCUUUCGCGACCAGCGCGUUUGGGAAACACACUAUCGUGGGCACGAUCGCAGUCAUCACGGGCAUCAUGAGCGCCGUCGCGCAGCCAUUCAUCGCCAAGCUCGCCGACCUGCUCUCGCGCCCGUUCGCCCUGGCCGCCGCGCUCGUGCUCUACACGGUCGGGUACAUCAUGGUCGCCGCCGCGCCGAACAUCACCACCGUGGUGGCCGGACGCGCAGUGUACACGCUCGGCCAGACGGGUAUCUCGCGGGUACAGGAUAUCCUCGUCGCCGACAUCACCUCCCUGCAGUGGCGCGGCGCGGUGAGCGCGGCCACGUCGCUGCCGUUCGUGGUGAACGCCUUUGUUGCCGGGUAUAUCACGCAAGGUAUUGGCGCAUUGAGCCAGAACGGCUGGAGAUGGGGAUACGGCAUGUUUGCCAUUCUCGUCCCCGUGUCCCUCCUCCCCACGGUGCUCAUCCUCUUCUGGGGCGGGCACAAGGCCAAGCAGCUCGGCGCGCUGAGCCUCGCGUCGAGCAGCUACGCCCGCCGCCACGUGCUCGAGCAGAUGGAGCCGCCGAACCGGAGCUUGUGGGAGACAGUCGUGUACUACUGGGUCCGGAUCGACGGGCUUGGCCUGCUGCUCAUCGGCUUCUCGUUCGCGGGGCUGCUUGCGCCGGCGACGCUCAAGACGACCGCAAAGGGCGGGUACAAGAAUCCCUCGCUCAUCGCGCUCCUCGUUGUUGGCGGCGUGCUCUUCAUCGCGUUCAUCGUGUGGGAGUUUAGGUUUGCGAGCCAUCCCAUUAUGCCGCGCCGCGUCAUGAACCGCACCUUCCUCUGCUGCAUCGCCAUCGACUUCCUGUACUACUUCUCCGGCUUCCUCGUCUCGGCGUACUACGAUUCGUGGGUGUACAUCAUCAAGCCGCACUGGAGCGACAAGAACUACACGUACUUCACAAACACGAUGACUGUGGGAUUGUGCGGGUUUGCUGUGUUUGCAGGCCUGAUCCUGCGGUACACGCACCGGUACAAGCUGCUCCAGAUCAGUGGCCUGUGUCUGCGCGUGCUGGGCGAGGGCAUUGCGUUCCUGGCAGUCAACGGCAACCAGUCCGACGUCGUGCUCGUCAUGUCGCGCAUCAUCAUCGCGAUGGGCGGCGCCAUCACCGUCACGAGCACGCAGGUCGCGUCCCAGGGCUCGGUGCCGCACGCCGACAUGGCGCUCGCGAUGGCCAUCCUCUCGCUGUGGACCAAGCUCGGCGGGUCGAUCGCCAGCGCCAUCUCGGCAGAGGUGUGGAACCGCGAGGUGCCGAAAUAUCUCGCAAAGUACCUCGGCGACACGCACAGCAAAGCGGAGCUCGCCAAGAUCUUCGGGUCCAUCGUGACUGCGCGCGCGGCAGAGCCGCACGACCUCGUGAUCAAGGCGUACACCGACGCCUUUUGGGGCCUCCACCUCGGCGCGCUUGUCGUGUCGGUUCUCGCGCUGGUCGCAGGCCUGCUCACCCGCGAGUUUCACCUCGGAGAGGCGCACAACACGGUCGAGACGGACAAGAUUGUGCGGAUCAGGGACAAGGACGAGGUCGACGAGGAGCAGGUGCGCCGCAGGGCUGAGGAGCUCGAGGCGAAGCUGCGCCGCGAGAUUGAGCAGGAGCGUGCCACGAGGUAG